AUGUCAGUCGCGCCAAGCUCCAACCCCAAUCCGAUCCACCACCUGUCGCGUGUUGAAGACGUUCCUCUGUCACAGACGUUUCGGGGCAACAUCACCGACUUUGUGCGAUCUGGAGGAUUUGCUGACGACGACUCUAAGCCCUGUUGUAUCGAUGCGAAAACUGGCCAACAACUGACACAGAAACAAGUGUGGGACUACGCCGACAAGUUUAGAGCACUCCUCCACCAUGACAACAAUCUGUGUCCUUUCAAUGCCAACACCACCGAUCCAGCUCUUGGAGACGUCAUGAUCACCCUCGUGCCCAACCACCUGUUUAUUACGUCUCUGCAUUUUGCCGCACUUGAUCUGGGUGCGACAGUGUCACCUGGCUCGGCUGGAUACACUGUGGCGGAGCUCGUCAACCAGAUCAAUCUCACCGGAGCUUCUCUGAUCGUGUACACUCGACCCGUCUUCAAGGUUGUGCGAGAGGCGCUAGCUCAGAUUGUGGUACCAGUCAAGAUUGUGGAGUUUGAGGGUCUGAUUGAACGGGCAGAGUUUGUUCAGAGCCACAAAAUCCAGUCCACAAAGAAGGUGACACUUUCUCCUGAGGAGUCUUACUCGAGAAUCGCAUACCUGGGCAUGUCUUCAGGCACCUCCGGAGGUCUUCCUAAGGCCGUCCGAUUGUCGCAUUUCAACAUGGCGAGUUCUGCCGAGCUCUCCAAGCGAGCUGCACCUUCAAUUGCAGGAUCUGAGCAGAUUGCAGGAGCCAUUAUCCCUGUUAACCAUGUCUAUGGUCUCGCCAAGUUCCUGAUUGCCAUGCCAAAAUCAGGAGCCACCACAGUCUUCCACUCCAAAUUUGACCUCAUUGAGAUCCUCGAGGCCCAACAAAAGUACAAGGUUAACAUGUACGCCCUUGUUCCUCCCAUCAUUGUCGUUCUGGCUAAACACCCUGCUGUUGAGAAGUACAUUCCUUCGCUGAGGGAACACCUUCGAUACGUGUCUUCUGGAGCUGCUCCUCUGGGUGCCAACGUCAUUGAGGCUUGCAACAAGCGCCUUGCGGGAACUGCUUCUGGAGAAAACGAGUUUGGAGGUCUCAAAAUUGUUCAGGGCUACGGUCUCACUGAAACCUCCCCUGUGGUUUCUACUUUCGAUCCCAACGAUCCUGAGCGACAUGCUCGGUCAUGUGGAAAGCUGGUUCCCAACACCCAGGCACGAAUCGUGUCGGAGGACGGAGUUGAUCAGCCUGCAUAUGAGCUUAAGGACCUGUCUCAGUUGGAGGCCGAGCUAAAGAAGGGGAACCUUCCCACCGGUGAGUUGUGGCUUCGAGGUCCCCAGAUUAUGGAUGGUUACCAUAAGAACGACGAGGCCAACGCUGAGUCGUUUGUCGACGCCACUGACUACACUUCCAACAUGCCCUUCUACAUGAAGCGGUGGUUCCGAACUGGUGAUGUUGCUCUAGUUGAUACUCUGGGCCGGUACAUGAUUGUAGAUCGAACCAAAGAGAUGAUCAAGAGCAUGAGUAAGCAGGUUGCUCCUGCUGAGCUGGAGGAUAUUCUGCUGGGCCAUCCCCAGGUAGCAGAUGCUGCUGUAAUUGGUGUUCAGCAGGUGGAGAAGGGCACUGAGGCUCCCCGGGCGUUCGUGGUGCUUCGAGAUCCCAAGUUUGAUGCAGUGGAGAUCAAAAAGUGGAUGGACGCCCAGGUGCCCAAGUAUAAACAACUUCAUGGAGGUGUGGUUGUUCUGGAUGCUGUUCCCAAGAAUGCCAGUGGCAAGAUUCUCAGACGACUGCUCCGUCAGCGAGAGAAUGACGUUGUUCUUGGACUCGACAAGGCCAAGUUGUAG